AUGCGCCCUCAAAGUCUUAAUUUUAUCACCGGCAACAAAAAUAAACUUGCUGAAGUCGAGGCAAUUUUGGGAAAUGCUAUCCCGCUCCAGAGCAGAGCCUUGGAUCUAGUUGAGAUUCAAGGAACUGUCCAGGAAGUUUCUACAGACAAAUGUAGGCGGGCUGCUGAACUCAUAAACGGCCCCGUUUUAACUGAGGACACUUGUCUUUGCUUCAACGCCAUGAAGGGACUGCCGGGUCCUUACAUAAAAUGGUUCUUGAAAGCAAUUGGUCCAGAGGGUCUACAUAAUCUCCUAGAUGCAUAUGUAGACAAGUCCGCUCAAGCCGUUUGCACUUUUGCCUUCUCUGAGGGCCCUGGCCACGAACCAAUUAUAUUCCAAGGGACAACUGAGGGCAGAAUUGUUGCGCCACGUGGACCGACGACAUUUGGCUGGGAUCCUAUUUUCGAAUAUGAUGGAAAGACAUACGCGGAGAUGGACAAAGAAGAGAAAAAUCGAAUUUCUCAUAGAUACAAAGCCCUCGAAAAACUUAGAGCAUGGUUGCAACAUGAAGACUGAGAUGUGUCAACCAAUAUCUUCUUCGACGGAAAUACCAGGAGCUGUACAUGGACGUGGCUUGACGAAGCUCCUUAGAUAAAAAAGAUGCUGGUCUUUACAGUGGCUACUUGGCCGGACCGAGAAUUACGUCGCCUGCCCGUAUCCGCCCUGCUGAGUAAAUAUUCAGAGAUUGCAAUUCCGAGGUAGAACAUUUUAUUCGGUCAAAUAUCGAUUCAUAGAUUUGAUUUCAAGCUUGAAUGCAGCUGGAAAAUAAAGAAUGCGCGGACAGAUUCUAAUGUUUGAUAUCGAAAG